GAGGCCACCUGGCGAGUGGUGGGGCGCUCCUCGGCGCUGUGGCUCACGCUCCGGUUCGGGAGGCCGAAGCUGUUCUGGCGGCGGCGACCUCUGAGGCUAUCGGAAGAGCCAGCGCGUGGGGUCUGAAGGAGGGGCUUCUGGUCAGCUCAGGCAGCUGGAAGGUGAGCACCGGAGAAGCAGACGACACUGUCCAGGGAAACUUCACAGAGGGAACUUGAAUCGGUUCUGUUAAAGGUUCUAUCAUAAUGAAUGGAUCCAGUGUGGCAAAUACAUCACCCAAUGUAAAAUCCAAAGAGGACCAGGUGUUAAAUGGGCACGAUGAGAAAGAAAACCCAUUUGCAGAGUACAUGUGGAUGGAGAAUGAAGAGGAUUUUAACAGACAGGUGGAGGAGGAGCUGCUGGAGCAGGACUUCUUGGACCGGUGCUUCCAGGAGAUGCUGGACGAGGAAGACCAAGACUGGUUUAUUCCAUCACGAGACCUGCCUCAGGCCAUGGGACAGUUGCAACAGCAGUUAAAUGGACUAUCUGUCAGCAAUGGUCAUGAUUCUGAAGAUAUUUUGAGCAAAAGUAACCUGAACCCGGAUGCCAAGGAAUUUAUUCCAGGAGUGAAGUACUGAGCUGACAGAAACUUUGAGGAGGACUUGUAUGUCCCCACAUCUGGGGACAGUGCCGCACAAAAAGGCAGAGCUGAAGGGGGGAGGGGGGGGGCGCUAGGGAUGCACAGUUGGGGAGGGGAAUAGUAGUUUAACUUAACACUGUGACUGGAGUAGCUAAACGUGCUCAGUCUUACUCUACAAGCCUCUGAGUAUUUCUCUUUUGUUCUACUGACUUUCCUUUUGAGCAGUUUAUUAUUAUUAUUAUCAUUAUUAGGUUUUGCCUUUUUGAGUUAGGGAAAUUUUUGCAAUCCCGCCCCCCCUUCAUCAGGAAUGUUCUGCAAUGUGUGUUUAAACAGAAUAAGCUCAAUAAGCUGACCAAGAAAAUCUGGGUGUUUACACGAAUGCCCUCUCACCCUGCUGUAUGCUUGCAAGGGCAGUGAGCACCUAGAAAACUACUGAGUCUUUUAAGCUGGAUGGGAAGAGGGAUGAGUGGAAGAAGCAGGUGUUUUAAACCAGCCUUUGCAACUAUGCGACCCCUGAGGGCUUUCUGCAAUGAACUGGGAUUACCAAUUGCCUGCUGAGCCCAUGUCUUCCUGCCUUGAACCUCCAUUCAAGAAAACACGGACUUAUAAAGUAUUGGUUUACAGUAACUCUUUUGAUGUUGAUGAACGUUGUAAAUUCAAGGGGAAAACUGUGAUGGUUAUUGCCACUUGAGUCAUACAGUUACGGUUGGCCUACUCUUAAGCCUGUUUACAGCUACCAUCAAACUCAUCAUUUACAAGGUACAGGAGCACGUAGGUAGAUUUGCCUCUUUGUCUUUCAUGGUAUCUAGUCCCAUAUUCCUUUUCACCCCCACCCUACUCUGAUUUUAAGAAAAGAUAUUAUUACCAAAGGUGUGUGAAAGGCAUGCUAUGCUGGCCAGCAGCUUCAGCCUGGAGAAGCCAUCCUUGAAUCCUGUUAGUGUGUCUUAAGUUUAUUUUGACAGUUGUUUUUCCCAGCCCAUGAAGACUCAGUCCUUUUGGUAUAUUACUUUCUUGGAAAGGUUUAUGCACUUUUAUAAGUAAAUAUAUUUUUUAGGACACUAGCAAGAAGCUCAGUUCACAAUUUUGAUGCUUCUCCCACUUUACAGAAUUAUGCAAAAGAACUAAAAAAAAAAAAAAAAAAAAAAAA